AUGAAAGAGAGAAGCCAAAAUCAGUCCUCUUCCAAUACCGAAACCCCUCCGAGACAUGACCACGACGAUAUCAGCAUACAGAGCACCGAGUCGGAGACCCCUGAGGGCCUCGAUAACCACAAUACCGAGAAACUUGGCAGACCGCCACAUAAUGUAUCAGCAACUCAAGCUGACGAGACGAUAAUGGGUGACCCCGAGAGCAUGACCAGAGUGUCAAGCGGUCCAGCAUACAGCGUUUUCUCAAAGAACACAAAAAGAUGGAUUCUAGCUUUGGUCACUGCAGCCAGCUUCGUCUCACCUAUGACGGCCAACAUAUAUUUCCCCGCUAUUCCCCCUAUAGCCCAAGAUUUGAACAUAUCUGUGUCACUUGUCAACCUCACCUUGACGUCGUAUAUGAUAUUUCAGGGACUUUCCCCAACGAUAUUUGGCGACUUCGGUGACAUGGCCGGGCGUCGACCUGCCUAUAUACUGGCCUUCCUGAUUUAUAUAUGUGCAAACAUUGGUUUGGCCCUGCAACGUAACUUUGUUGCGCUACUGAUCCUUCGUUGUGUUCAGAGUGCCGGCAGUAGCGGAACUCUCGCUCUUGGUUUUGCUGUGGUAGCUGAUAUUUCCUCAACAGCUGAAAGAGGAAAAUACAUGGGCAUUGUUGGAGCCGGAAUCAAUGUUGGACCUGCUCUCGGACCAGUCCUGGGUGGUAUUCUGAGCCAGUACCUUGGAUGGCCAGCCAUCUUCUGGUUUUGUGCCAUCUUUUCUGGUGUCUGGAUGGUCCCCUUUAUCCUCUCUGCUCCCGAGACGUGCCGUAAAGUCGUUGGCAAUGGCUCAAUAGCACCACCGAAAUGGAACAGGUCACUACUUGAUCUCUACAGCAGCCGAGGAGAUGUUACAAGCCAGAAUACUCCGAAGCAGAAGUUGAAGUUUCCCAACCCAUUGAAGACGCUUUACAUCGUCUUUGAGAAAGAAAUGGCCAUUAUUCUGUGUAUUAAUGCAGUCAUUUAUCUUGCGUUCAUCUUAGUGGCGGCUACCCUAUCAACACUCUUCAAAGAGACGUACGGCUAUAACGAUCUUCAGGUUGGUCUUUGCUAUUUGCCUUAUGGAUUUGGCUGCGCGUUGGCCGUUGUCGGUCAAGGAUACGUCUUGGACUGGAACUAUCGACGAAUUGCAAAAAAGAUUGGCUUCACCAUCAAUCUUAAACGGGGAGAUGAUUUGGGCAAGUUCCCAAUCGAGACUGCGCGAAUCCAGCCGGUCUAUCCGACGCUCCUCGCUGGUAUCGCGACACUCAUAGGGUAUGGAUGGGCUUUGCAAGUUGAAACUUCAGUUGCUGUCCCAUUGUUCCUUGUCUUCCUUAUCGGCAUGUUUGUUCCAACCUCAUUCAGUGUUCUCAAUACCCUCAUUGUUGAUCUUAACCCACAUGCUCCAGCUACUGCAACUGCGGCUAACAACCUUGUGCGAUGUAUGUUUGGAGCUGCAGCGACGGCCGCCAUUGACCACAUGAUCGCAGGAAUGGGUAGAGGGUGGUGUUUCACGUUUCUUGCUUUGCUAAACUUGGCCAUGAUCCCGGCUUUGAGACUUGUUGACAAGAAAGGCAUGCAAUGGAGGGCAGCUAAGGCAAAGCGAGAAGCAAUGAAUGCAGCAUAG